UCGACCUGAGCAAUGCAAAUCACCUAGUAGUUGAGCACAAGCUGCAAGUCGAUCGUGAGCAGCUCUUCCCUGCUCAUCGUCGCCAGCUGGUCCAAGGGAGGAAGAAGAGAUAGAUGGACGACGUCGGCGGUGCUGCUGCUGGUGGUGGCGAUUCAAAGCAGGUCUUGGUUGAAGCAGAUGGGAACACACGCACGCUUAUUUUGAACAGGCCGAACCAGCUGAAUGUACUCUCCUCUGCAAUGAUUAAGGGACUCCUGAACUGUUUCACUGCUUUUGUGAAAGAUGAUGGAGUUAAAUUGUUGAUUAUGAAGGGUUCUGGAAGAGCAUUUUGUGCUGGAGGUGAUGUUGUUGCUGGUGUCCAGUCGAUAAAUAAUGAAGGAUGGAAAUGGGGCGCUGAUUUCUUCCGAGAUCAAUAUUUUUUAAACUACAUAAUUGCAAGAUGUAUCAAACCUCAGGUUUCUCUUCUUACUGGAAUUGUCAUGGGUGGAGGCGCUGGUGUUUCUUUACAUGGAAAAUUUCGAGUUGCCACUAAUAACACGGUUUUUGCAAUGCCAGAAACAUCUCUUGGUCUUUUUCCCGAUGUUGGGGCCUCAUAUUUUUUGGCUCGACUUCCUGGGUUCUAUGGAGAGUAUGUUGCUCUUGUUGGUGCUAGAUUGGAUGGUGCUGAAAUGCUUGCAUGUGGUCUCGCAACUCAUUUUGUCCCUUCAAAUAGAAUGCUUUUGCUGGAAGAAUCCCUUAAAAAGGUGGACACCUCGAAUAGUUUUGUUGUAUGUAGUACUAUCGAUCAAUUUUGUCAACAGCCAUCCCUAAAACAAAAAAGUUCCUUGAAUAGGUUGGAAAUCAUCAACAAAUGCUUUUCUAAAAGAACAGUUGAAGAAAUUAUAUCCUCUCUUGAGGAAGUGGCCUCAAAUUCAGCAAGCAAAUGGGUUGCUCAGACAAUUAAGUAUCUGAAAAAGGCUUCUCCUACUAGUCUGAAAAUCACAUUGAGAUCGAUAAGAGAAGGGAGAACACAAACCGUUGGGGAGUGCUUGCAACGGGAAUAUAGAAUGGUUUGCCAUGUCGUACGUGGUGACUUCAGUCGAGACAUUUUUGAAGGAUGCAGGGCUAUACUAGUAGAUAAAGAUAAAAAUCCAAAGUGGAUGCCUCCAAGGUUGGAACAAGUGCAUGAUGAUGCAGUUGAAGAGUAUUUCUCUAGGGUUGAUGAUCCAGAGUGGGAAGAUUUGGACCUACCUGUCAUGUAUUCAAAUGGAAGAAUUAUGGAGUCCAAGCUUUGAAUGGAGCCUUUAUUGAACAAUUUAAUGGAACCUCAGUUGUGGUUAAAAUAACAACCCAUCCCAUGUUCGAAGAGUCUAUGUACACUGAAUACUAUUGGUAAAAUAAAUCUAAAUAUGUUGUGUAUAUCCACUUAUACCAUAGAAGGUACUCAUUGCUAUUUGUGUUAUAGGGAUAGACAAUAUCGGUUCCUAGCUCGAUCUGGCUUAUUUAGCUCGUGAGCCACCAUAUAAUAUGCUACCACUAUUGGUUAAAUUG